AUGGUGCCGGGGGAUCAGGCGGAAGAGUCCAUCGUGGCCAUGGCGGACGGCGGCCACGGCGGCGGCAAGGAGGGGGCGCGCGUGAUGGACGGCGGCGAGGAGUCGGAGCGCGGGCACGGCGACGGCGGGUUCACCGUGAAGGACAUGCUCUGGCACGGCGGGUCCGUGUGGGACGCCUGGUUCAGCUGCGCCUCCAACCAGGUGGCGCAGGUGCUGCUGACGCUGCCCUACUCCUUCUCGCAGCUGGGGAUGGCCUCCGGGCUGGUGCUGCAGGUGUUCUACGGCCUCAUGGGCAGCUGGACCGCCUACCUCAUCAGCGUGCUCUACGUCGAGUACCGCGCCCGCAAGGAGAGGGAGGGCGUCAGCUUCAAGAACCACGUCAUCCAGUGGUUCGAGGUUCUGGGCGGGCUGCUGGGCCCGUACUGGAAGGCGGCCGGGCUGGCCUUCAACUGCACCUUCCUGCUCUUCGGCUCCGUCAUCCAGCUCAUCGCCUGCGGCAGUAAUAUCUACUACAUCAACGACCGGCUGGACAAGCGGACGUGGACGUACAUCUUCGGGGCGUGCUGCGCCACCACCGUCUUCAUCCCCUCCUUCCACAACUACCGAAUCUGGUCCUUCCUCGGCCUCGGCAUGACCACCUACACCGCCUGGUACCUCACCAUCGCCGCCGCCGUGCACGGCCAGGUCCCCGGCGCCAAGCACUCGGGCCCCAACAGCCUCAUGCUCUACUUCACCGGCGCCACCAACAUCCUCUACACCUUCGGCGGCCACGCCGUCACCGUGGAGAUCAUGCACGCGAUGUGGAAGCCGCGCAAGUUCAAGUACAUCUACCUGGUGGCGACGCUGUACGUGUUCACGCUGACGCUGCCGUCGGCGUCGACCAUGUACUGGGCGUUCGGCGACGCGCUGCUCACGCACUCCAACGCCUUCUCGCUGCUCCCCAAGUCCGGGUGGCGCGACGCGGCGGUGAUCCUCAUGCUCAUCCACCAGUUCAUCACCUUCGGCUUCGCGUGCACCCCGCUCUACUUCGUCUGGGAGAAGGCCAUCGGCAUGCACCACACCGGCAGCGUCCUCCGGCGCGCGCUCGCGCGGCUCCCCCUCGUCCUCCCCAUCUGGUUCCUCGCCAUCAUCUUCCCCUUCUUCGGGCCCAUUAACUCCGCCGUCGGCGCGCUCCUCGUCAGCUUCACCGUCUACGUCAUCCCCGCCGUCGCCCACAUGCUCACCUACCGCUCCGCCCACGCCAGAUCGAAUGCGGCGGAGAAGCCGCCGGCGUUCCUGCCGAGCUGGAGCGGGAUGUUCGCGGUGAACGCGUUCGUGGUGGCGUGGGUGCUGGUGGUCGGGUUCGGGCUCGGCGGCUGGGCCAGCGUGUCCAACUUCGUCAAGCAGAUCGACACCUUCGGCCUCUUCGCCAAGUGCUACCAGUGUCCCCCGAGGGCGCACCUCCCGGCAGCGGGGUCGCCCCUGUCAGCGCCGGCGGGCCACUAG